AAUGGCUCGAAUUAGCCUUAAGCCGAAUCCCACCAUGGCCUGUCUCCAAAUUCCUUAUCAGUGUCCACAUAUUCCGGCGACCCACCGGUCCUGGAGGCAUGGGGGCAUCUGUACCUACAUGGGGUCAGGAAGCAUGUGGUGCACACAAUCGGUACAACUUCAUCGACGUGGAUUGGGUAGACCCUUCAGAUGAAGCUCUAAGCAACCAGCCAACCUCGUACCACCGCAUCAGGCAACCACACCAGCAGAGGAGCAUGCCCGUCUUGUCUACACUGGAGGAUUGGGUACCAGUAGUCUUUCCAAGACAUGGCUCUGCCCCCUCCUCCUUGUCUGCAGCCCGAAUCCAUCUCAUCCUUUUUUUAUGCUUUACUCCCCACCCUUUGGCUUUGCGCCAUUGGUGCUCCAGACGAACGAGUAAUACAGAGCUGGGCAAUGAGUUUCCUCCGCCCCAGUUGAUCACUACUCUCCAAUCUUACCCGCACCAGCGGUCUGGGCGGCCUAUCCCUGCCCUGUCCGGACCCAUCCACAGAUACCUACUACAGUGUGCCCUCUUGGCCUCGGUCCUCAAUGGAACGCCCAUGCUCCCUCUGAUUAUUUAGCCUUUGGCUUCCCGGCGCACAUAUCGCGGCUGUGCGUCUCCCUCCCUUCCUUCCCUCCUCUUCUCCCUGCAGUACCUCAGCCUUCGACGUCUGUUCGCCGCAUCUGAGCACUCUUGCCCCUGCGAAAGUGGAAGAUCUCCGGACGCACCGUACCGCGCGCAGCUCAGCCCCAUUGACCACAUACGCGUCGGUACG